AUGACAGCCGAGGAAGAUGUCAAACCACUCAGGAUUGCAAUUAUUGGCUCUGGAUUGGUGGGAGCUUUUGCUGCAGUUACCUUGUCCAAGCUACCAAACGUUGCGGUUACUGCGUACGAAAAAAGCGACAAGGUUCGUGAAGUCGGAGCAGCUAUCACUCUCACAGAAGGCGGCCUUGUGACUCUUGAGCAGGUCUUCGAUCUAGACGAGCUAGAAAAAAUACUCUACAGAACUCCAAAUUAUGGGCAUAUCACUAGACGUCAUUGGAAGACCGGGGAGUACCUCAAAGACCCUCAUUCGAAAUCACCAAAGUAUCCCAAAUACAACCACGCAAAAGCACAAAGGGUUCUUCUUCUGGACUUUAUUCUGAAUUAUGUUCCCAAAGGAACUAUCAAAUACGGCCAAGAGGUGAAAAGUGUCAACGUGACCCAAGAUGGUGUUACCAUCCAUUUUGCCAAUGGGAAUGCGACAAAGGCUGACCUGGUGAUUGCAGCUGACGGCAUAUAUUCAAAAAUCCGUCGCCAAUUCACCAAUGAUGCAAUUGUCUACAAGGGAGCAGUAGCAUAUAGAAAUGUUUUUGACGAUAAACUCGUGGAACACAUUCCUGGACUACCGGAUGAUGUUACCGUGUGGAUUGGCAAAGGGUCUGCUAUGUUUAUGACUCGGCUAACGCCUGGUAAAUUCAACGUUGCAGCCCAUUUGAGGGACCCGCCGGAAGUUGCUGCCAACCUGCGGUGGAACAAGACUACAGGUGAUUGGGGUAAGAAGCGCUUGAUUGAGCACUUCAAAGACUGGGAUCCACUGAUCGGCAAGAUUCUUGAAGCUAUGCCGGAGUCGCUUGCUUUCCCGCUGGAACGGGCACCUUGGCUGGAGAAUCUGGCUGUUGGAGACCGAAUUGCCUUUGUGGGCGAUGCUGCUCAUCCAACCUCUGGUGUUUAUGGAGCUGGCGCAAACAUGGGAUUCGAUGAUGUUUGGGCAUUGUAUCGGUCCUUGUUGGAGACCAAAUAUAAUCUGAAGAAAGCAUUGUUUCUUUUCAAUGAGACCAGGGCCCCGUUUUUGAAGCGUGUUGAGAAACAAAUUGAGAUCGAUCAACAGAUUGGUGCCAAAUACAUCGCCACUGCAGAAUCUGACGACGAGUGGAAAAAAAGAAUAGAGCAUAGGGGUCUGUCAGCAAAGUGGAUUACGGAUCACAAUGUGGACAAUGAGUUUGAGCAGGUCAGAGACCAAAACUUUCUACAAUUGUUUGUAGAAGAAUAA